AUGUCCCUGGGCACAGAGGAGAUUGUGUUUUGCUGUGUUUCUUUUCCUUCAGUGGACUAUAUUGUGGAAUAUGACUACGAUGCCGUACAUGACGAUGAGUUAACGAUUCGAGUUGGGGAAGUCAUCAGGAAUGUGAAAAAACUAGAAGAAGAAGGAUGGUUAGAAGGGGAGCUAAAAGGCAAAAGGGGCAUGUUCCCUGACAAUUUUGUGAAGGAAGUGAAGAAGGAUGUAGAACCCAAGGAUGACGUCCUACCAGUCAGGAGGGAGAAAUCUGGCAACGUAGCAAGUCUUGUGCAGCGUAUGAGCACCUAUGGGCUUCCAGCAGGAGGAUUUCAGCCUCAUCCCCAGUCCAAAAACUUCAAGAAGAGGUCCAAGAAGCGGCAGUGUAAAGUGCUGUUUGAAUACAUUCCGCGGAAUGAGGAUGAACUGGAACUCAAACUGGGGGAUGUUAUUGACAUCAGUGAAGAGGUAGAAGAAGGCUGGUGGAGUGGAACACUAAAUGGCAAGUCAGGAUUGUUUCCUUCAAACUUUGUGAAAGAAUUGGAAUUGAUGGAUGAUGGAGAAACACAGGAUACUCUGGAUGACACAGAGUCUGUUUUCAGCGGUCCUACCUCACCUGUGGCCUCUCCGGGAAAUGGAAGCGAACCUGGAUCUGGACCAAUUGCACAGCCAAAGAAAAUCCGAGGUGUUGGGUUUGGAGAUAUCUUUAAAGAAGGCUCAGUGAAACUUAAGACAAGAUUGUCCAGUAAUGAAUCAGAAGAUAAAAAGCAAGAUAAGCCACCAUCUAAUCAUCCACCUGGAACAAAACUAAUGCAUUUUCCUAGUAUCACAAAAGUGGAGAACUCAUCAGAAUCAACAAAAUCAGAACCUGAAAGUAAGCCAAAAGCCAAGGAAUAUUGCAGGACAAUAUUUGCCUAUGAUGGCUCAAAUGAUGAACUCAGUUUUAAAGAAGGAGAGAUUAUUCAAAUAAUCAGUAAGGAUGGAGAGCCAGGCUGGUGGAAAGGAGAACUUAAUGGCAAAGAAGGAGUCUUCCCAGAUAAUCUUGCUGUUCAAAUCCAAGAAUCUGAUAAAGACUUCCCUAAGCCAAAGAAACCUCCACCUCCGGUUAAAAGUCCAGCUCCAAAGCCUGAAUUGCCAACUGGAGAGAAGAAACUCCUUUCUUUGAGGUCUGAAGAAAAAGAUGAAAAAGGAGCCUUGGACCAGAAGCCUUCUAAGCCAGUUGCUCCUCAAGUACCACCCAAGAAGCCUAGUCUUCCAAGCAAGACUAAUAACUUACUGAGAACAGGGCUUCUGCACCCAAAACGACCAGAGAAACCUGCUUUGCCAUCAUCUGUAUCCAAAUCUAAUGGAGAAGUUGUUUCUCUUCGACCAAAAUCUGAAAUUGAGCCAGUAGCAAAACCAAAGUUAGACUCUGAACAAUUACCGGUUAGACCAAAGUCAGUAGAGGUAGAUUCGCUUGUGGUAAAGAGCCCUAAAGAAUCAGAUCUAUUAAGUUUUGAUGACUUAAUAGCUACCUCAGAUAAUCUAUCACACCCUACUGCAAGCAGACCCAAGAUGCCUGGCAGGAGGUUGCCUACACGUUUCAAUGGCAGUAAUUCUCAGCCGAGUCAAAAUGCGAGUCCAGAGAAAACGUUGAAGGUGCAGAAAGAAGAAGAAGAAAGUGCCAAACCAAAGCCAUUUGAAACGAGAAAGCCAUCUGCAUUCACUCCACCACUUCCAUCUUCAUCUCAGAGAUCAAACUCUGUUAUACUCAACUUUUCUCCUGGAGAAAUUAAACUUAAAGGAGAAACAGAUGAUGGAAAAACUUCUGUAGAAGAGCUGAGGACUCAGAUUAAUGAAUUGAUGAGUUUAGUAGACGCACUGAAAAAAGAACAUGGGAAAGAACUGGAAAAACUAAAGAAAGAUUUGGAAGAAGAGAAGGUGAUGCGAAGUAAUCUGGAGCUUGAAAUAGAAAAAUUGAAGAAAGCAGUGAUGUCUACAUGAGACAGCAAUGGACUCGAUUUCAUUAACUCACCAGGAAUUCAAAGCUGAACACAAGUAGAACUGAUUUUCUUAUUUCAUAAUAAUGGAUGCUGGUGUUCUACAGUCUUAAAAUAUAUAGUAAAAAAGGAAUAUAGUCUUUUAUUCAGAGAGAUAAAACAAAAUAAUGGUGUAAUUUUUUUGCCAAUAUAAAAGAGGCCUUAUUUCUUACUGUGCUGGAAUUGCAGACCUUUAUUUUUUGGUUUGCUUGAAAAUACUACUGAAUCUGUAUAAAAAGCAGAAGGAAUUCUUAAUAGAUUUUUAUUGAGUACCUGUAGCUUAAUUUUUAAAGAGAUCUAUACUAUAAAUAGGGUGAUCUAUCUUUACAAGUAAUCUGUAACAUAGUCUACUGGAAGGGAUGGAAUAGCCGUAUAGUAAUUUAGUCUCUACUUUCCCCCUACGUGCAAAAGGGAAUAUAUGAUAUUUGUAUAUUUUUACAUUUUGACAGUCUUACCCAGGGUUAUGCUGUUGUGCCUGUCUGCAGUGAGAAUAUUAAUAAUAUGCUGUUUAUAAGUUGAGUAAUGAGAUAGGAAUUCAUUAAUACAAUGAAGCAGGUGAAACACCUAUGCAUUGUAAUAUGAAUGAAUGAUCUAGUCAGAACAGUUUAACAGAACGUUUUGUCACUUGCACUAUUGGAUUAAAAAGGGAUUUGGGAUUGAAUCAUGAAGUUACAAUGGGAUUAAUUUUUAAAAUCACAAAAUGCAAGAAAUAUAGAAACAAGGCUAGAGUCCAUUCUUAACUCAACCUGUUGUGCCUAGAAUAUUACAGCACACAAAGUGAAAAGUGAACUUUAACUCUCAAUUUCUGUGCUUCUGUGUAUCUGAAAUGAAUACUCAGUCUUUUAGUGGUUAAAUUUACAUUUUGAUCUGUUUUUACACGGGUCAGUUUUUGUUAAUAUGACUCCAAAUAAAUCCUUUACGACUCUGAUACUCUGAAGGUCUCAAUAUGUAUAUAUUUAUGCCAUAAACUUUCUCAGUAUGUUGUGUGCCUCUAAAUUUAAUAACAUCUUUCUAUUUUAAUUAUUAAUUGGAACAGGUGCUUGGAUGCCAUUGUGUUGGUAUCCAAGACUGUCACAUAUUCUUUAUGGAAAGCAUUUGAAGUCUUGUGGAUUGCCAUUAUCUUUAACCUCUGAGAUCAACACAGUGCACAAGAAUAAUAUAAAAAUAGCAAAGUGAUGGGAGAAAAAAUUACUUUUAUCGCUGUGUUUAGCUGUUAAAGCGUUACAAAACAUACAGUUUUAGAAAGCCAAUCAAAUGCAUUGCUUCAGUUAGCAGCAGCCUUGCCUCCCUUUGGUCUAGCAAAAGUGUGCCACACAGGUUGACAAGUCCACUAGUGAGAAAAAUAAUUAGGUUUCUAUUCAUGGGAAUAGCCGUAAAUAUAGUAAUUAUUUAGUACGUCACUUAAGCAGGUGACGUGAAAGUGUUAUUCUUCAGAGUAUGCUUUUUCUACAACUGAUGCAUCAUAAAAAGCAAACAUCAAAAAGUCAAUUGGAAGAUGUCUGCCAGUUACUGACUUACAUUUUUAAUAAAAAUUGGAUAAUAAUGCACUGUGCAGGUGUUAUGUUUGCUAGUAACAUCAUAAGCUGGUUCUAUAUUAAUGCUUUUAACUUCUAAUUGCAUAGAUGCAUCACAAAUGAAGACUUCCGUCAGAUCUUUAUAUUGAGGAAUAAAGUGUGGCAGCAGUACUUCUGUCGGUCACUAAACUUUUAGAGCUUUUACCUGAUGAUGAAAAGCAAGAAUUGAGCCUAAUGGAAUAGAAAGUCUUGUUAUACAAGCUAUUCACUGUGACCAGAGCAUAAAACAGGUCUUGUAACGGGUUGCUCUACUGAAAUUGUGUCUGUGCUUACGCUUGUAGCAGAUGAGCAGAACAAGACAAUCAGUUAAAACCACAAAUGAAAGGUGUAAAUUAUUUAAUGGCCUUUUUUCGCUAUAGCAAUAAAUGACCCAAGUGCAAUGACUUCAUUUACCUUUUUUAAAAGUCGCUGCUAUGAAUAUUUUUAGCCAUAACGAAGUUGCUCUGAUACAAGUCUGUCUUUCAGCUAGUGUUAUGGACUGGAGUGGAGGGGAAGAGGGUAAUGAUUUUGAAGACAUUCCACCGUACAAGUUCCUAAAAGCAGUAUGCUUCACUGACUUGUUUACCAAUGCUGUAAAAUGACGCAUGCUAUCCAAACCCAGCAAAUAAAAUAAAUUUAAAAACCUG